GCGUGGUGGUCCAAGGCGUCUCAAAGCAGGUGGCCAGAUCUGCGUUUCUCAUCAGCGGACUCGCUCCGGCUGUGGCUAUUACGGGGAAGAGCUCAGGACUCGUUCAAGUGGAAAUCUCACCGUGCCAUCUGGCAGAGACCCUGCUGUGUCCCCUGUGACCUCAGAUACUCCGGUCCCUUCAACAUGGUGUCACCUCUUCUCAAGAGCAACACAGGUGGCCACGCAGAAUCUGUACCAGAACAGGUUUUUAGGCCUGGCCGCCAUGGCGUCUCCAUCUAGAAACUCCCAGAAUCGACGCCGGUGCAAGGAGCCCCUCCGUCACAGCUACAACCCCGGCCAGUUCCACAGCAUGGCCAUUCGGAACGGCCCCCAUGGCACCGUCACCAUCCCCCGCUCCACCAGUGACACCGACCUGGUCACCUCAGACAGCCGCUCUACACUCAUGGUCAGCAGCUCCUACUACUCCAUAGGGCACUCACAGGACCUGGUGAUCCACUGGGACAUCAAGGAAGAGGUGGACGCUGGAGACUGGAUCGGCAUGUAUCUCAUCGAUGAGGUCUUGUCAGAAAACUUUUUGGACUAUAAGAACCGUGGAGUCAAUGGUUCUCAUCGGGGCCAGAUCAUCUGGAAGAUUGAUGCCAGCUCUUACUUUGUGGAACCUGAAACUAAGAUCUGCUUCAAAUACUACCAUGGUGUGAGUGGAGCCCUCCGAGCCACCACCCCCAGUGUCACAGUCAAAAACUCUGCAGCUCCUAUUUUUAAAAGCAUUGGCUCUGAUGAGACUGUCCAAGGGCAAGGAAGUCGAAGGCUGAUCAGCUUUUCUCUCUCAGAUUUCCAGGCCAUGGGGUUGAAGAAAGGGAUGUUCUUCAACCCAGACCCUUACCUGAAGAUUUCUAUUCAGCCUGGAAAGCACAGUAUCUUCCCUGCCCUCCCACACCACGGACAGGAGAGGAGAUCCAAGAUCAUAGGCAACACCGUGAACCCCAUCUGGCAGGCCGAGCAAUUCAGCUUUGUGUCCUUGCCCACUGAUGUUCUGGAAAUUGAGGUGAAGGACAAGUUUGCUAAGAGUCGCCCCAUCAUCAAGCGCUUCUUGGGAAAGCUAUCGAUGCCCGUUCAAAGACUCCUGGAAAGACACGCCAUAGGGGACAGGGUGGUCAGCUAUACACUUGGCCGCAGGCUUCCAACAGAUCAUGUGAGUGGACAGCUGCAAUUCCGAUUUGAGAUCACUUCCUCCAUUCACCCAGAUGACGAGGAGGUUUCCCUGAGCGCCGAGCCCGAGGCCGCGGAGACCCAGGACAGCCCCGGGAGCAGCCUGCUGGCCAGCAGCGGCGGGGGGCCGCCGGCCGACGCCCCGCAGCCGUCGGGGAGCUCGCAGCCGGAGCCGCUGCUGCCGGCGAGCCGGGGCAGCGCGGGGGACGCUGCGGGCAGCCGGAGCGCGCAGCCGGCCGAGGGCGCGGCGGGUACCACCGAGGCAGGAGAGGACGGCGCUGCGGGAGCCGACGCGGCCGGGCCUCUUCUGGGCGCGGGGUGCGUGGACGCGGAGCCCGCGCCGAGCGCCGAGGAACUGGCCGAGCAGCUGGAGCUGGGCGGGGAGGCGACCUCCGCGGGGCUGCCGGGCGCCGGGGAGCCCACGGAGGAGGAGGCGGCGGGGGCGGAGGAGGCGGAGGCGGAGGAGGUGGCGGAUAGCGGCGCGGGGGGCGAGCCGGCGGCGCAGGAGGACGACGCGGCGGCCUCGGAGCCGCGGGAGCUCGGGCCGCAGCCGCGGGCCUCGGGGAAGAGGAAGAGCCGGCCCUGCUCCUUGCCGGUGUCCGAGCUGGAGACGGUGCUGGCGGCGGCCUGCGGGGAGCCCGAGACCCCGCGGACGCACUACAUCCGCAUCCACGCGCUGCUGCACAGCCUGCCCUCGGCCCAGGGCGCCAGCGACGAUGAGGCCACCCUGCGGGACACCUCGGACAAGGACGGCCCGAGCGAGGCGGACACGCUGGCGGCCGCGGCCCCCGCCCUCGGGGGGGACGGGGAGGAGCCCGGCGGCGCCGCGAGCCCGGGCCACGCGGGCCCGGCCGACGGGCUCGACGGCGACACGCUGCCGAGCACGGGCAGCGAGAGCGACUCGAGCCCCCGGCAGGGCGGGGACCACAGCUGCGAGGGCUGCGACGCGUCGUGCUGCAGCCCCUCGUGCUACAGCUCCUCGUGCUACAGCGCGUCCUGCUACAGCGGCUCCUGCCGCAGCGCCUCGUGCCACAGCGCGUCCUGCUACAGCGGCGGCAGGUUCGCCAGCCACACGCGCUUCUCAUCGGUGGACAGCGCCAAGAUCUCCGAGAGCACCGUCUUCUCGUCGCAAGACGAAGACGACGAGGAGAACAGCGCCUUCGAGUCGGUGCCCGACUCGGUGCAGAGCCCGGAGCUGGAGCCCGAGGCAGCCUCUGGGGCCGGGCCCUGGUCCGACGAGCUGGCGCCCCCCGCCGGGAGCGCAGCGAUGACCGCGGAAGGCCUGGAGUCCCCCGCGGCGGGGCCGAGUGGUCGGAGAGAAGGUGAAUGUCCUAUACUCCAUAAUUCCCAGCCAGUAAGCCAGCUUCCUUCCUUGAGGCCUGAACAUCAUCACUACCCAACAAUCGAUGAGCCUCUUCCACCAAACUGGGAAGCUCGCAUUGACAGCCACGGGCGGGUGUUUUAUGUGGACCACGUGAACCGCACGACCACCUGGCAGCGUCCGACAGCAGCAGCCACCCCUGAUGGGAUGCGGAGAUCAGGGUCCAUCCAGCAGAUGGAGCAACUCAACAGGCGGUAUCAAAAUAUCCAGCGAACUAUUGCCACAGAGAGGCCCGAAGAAGAUUCUGGCAACCAAAGUUGUGAGCAGGUGCCAGGAGGAGGCAGUGGAGGAGGUGGGAGCGACUCAGAGGCCGAAUCUUCUCAGUCAAGCUUAGAUCUGAGGAGAGAAGGGUCACUUUCUCCGGUGAAUUCACAAAAAAUCACCUUGCUGCUACAGUCCCCAGCGGUGAAGUUCAUCACCAACCCUGAAUUCUUCACCGUACUACACGCCAACUAUGGUGCCUACCGAGUCUUCACCAGUAGCACCUGCUUAAAGCACAUGAUCCUGAAGGUCCGGCGGGACGCCCGCAAUUUCGAGCGCUACCAGCACAACCGCGACUUGGUGAACUUCAUCAACAUGUUUGCAGACACGAGGCUGGAAUUGCCCCGGGGCUGGGAGAUCAAAACGGACCAGCAGGGAAAGUCUUUUUUCGUGGACCACAACAGUCGAGCUACCACUUUCAUUGACCCCCGAAUCCCUCUUCAGAACGGUCGUCUUCCCAAUCACCUGACUCACCGACAGCACCUCCAGAGGCUCCGGAGCUACAGCGCUGGAGAGGCUUCAGAAGUCUCUAGAAACAGAGGAGCCUCUUUACUGGCCAGGCCAGGACACAGCCUUGUAGCUGCUAUUCGGAGCCAGCAUCAACAUGAGUCAUUGCCACUAGCAUAUAAUGACAAGAUUGUGGCAUUUCUUCGCCAGCCAAACAUUUUUGAAAUGCUGCAAGAGCGUCAGCCAAGCCUGGCGAGAAACCACGCACUCAGGGAGAAAAUCCAUUACAUUCGGACUGAGGGUAAUCAUGGGCUUGAAAAGUUGUCCUGUGAUGCAGAUCUAGUAAUUUUGCUGAGUCUCUUUGAAGAAGAGAUUAUGUCCUAUGUCCCACUGCAGGCUGCCUUCCACCCUGGGUACAGCUUCUCUCCCCGCUGUUCACCCUGUUCCUCACCUCAGAACUCCCCAGGUUUACAGAGAGCCAGCGCAAGAGCCCCUUCACCCUACAGGAGAGACUUUGAGGCCAAGCUCCGCAAUUUCUACCGAAAACUGGAAGCCAAAGGAUUUGGUCAGGGUCCAGGGAAAAUUAAGCUCAUCAUUCGUCGGGACCAUUUGUUGGAGGGAACCUUCAAUCAGGUCAUGGCCUAUUCCCGGAAGGAGCUUCAGCGAAACAAGCUCUACGUCACGUUUGUUGGAGAGGAGGGCCUGGACUACAGUGGUCCUUCGCGAGAGUUCUUCUUCCUUUUGUCUCAGGAGCUCUUCAACCCAUACUAUGGACUCUUUGAGUACUCUGCAAAUGAUACCUACACCGUGCAGAUCAGCCCCAUGUCUGCGUUUGUGGAAAACCAUCUCGAAUGGUUCAGGUUUAGUGGUCGUAUCCUAGGCCUGGCUUUGAUCCAUCAGUACCUUCUCGAUGCCUUCUUCACGAGGCCCUUCUAUAAGGCACUCCUGAGACUGCCCUGUGAUUUGAGUGACCUGGAAUAUUUGGAUGAGGAGUUCCACCAGAGUUUGCAAUGGAUGAAGGACAACAACAUCACAGAUAUCCUAGACCUCACUUUCACUGUUAACGAAGAAGUUUUUGGACAGGUAACCGAAAGGGAGUUGAAAUCUGGAGGAGCCAACACCCAGGUGACGGAAAAGAACAAGAAGGAAUACAUCGAGAGGAUGGUCAAGUGGCGGGUGGAGCGCGGUGUGGUACAGCAGACGGAGGCACUGGUGCGGGGCUUCUACGAGGUCGUAGACUCAAGGCUCGUGUCCGUGUUCGACGCCAGGGAGCUGGAGCUGGUAAUCGCUGGGACCGCGGAAAUCGACCUGAACGACUGGAGGAACAAUACGGAGUACCGGGGCGGGUAUCACGAUGGGCAUCUUGUGAUCCGCUGGUUCUGGGCCGCCGUGGAGCGCUUCAAUAAUGAGCAGAGGCUGAGAUUACUUCAGUUCGUCACGGGAACAUCAAGUGUGCCCUACGAGGGCUUCGCUGCCCUCCGAGGAAGCAAUGGGCUUCGGCGUUUCUGCAUAGAGAAGUGGGGGAAAAUUACGUCUCUCCCCAGGGCACACACCUGCUUCAACCGAUUGGAUCUUCCACCUUAUCCCUCGUACUCCAUGUUGUAUGAAAAGCUGCUAACAGCAGUAGAAGAAACCAGCACCUUUGGACUUGAAUGAGGACAUGGAAACUCACCUGACAUUUUCCUGGCAGUCACAUCACCCUUUCUGGGAUGAUCCCCUUGCCCUUUCCCUGAACCAACUCUCCUUUGAUUUUGGUAUUUCAUGAUUUUUAUUUUCAAACCAAAUCAGGAUUGACAAAAGCUGUGCAUGAAGAACUGCCUUCUUCUGAGAUCCAACCUUCAGGCUUAUCUCCUCUAUUCUCGAUGAACUGCUAGCCUGUAUGCAAUAUUAAACAACAGCUGUCUCAAGGU